AUGAGAGACAAAGGGAACGUCGUGAAUGCCAUUGACCAGCUGAUUACAUGGCGGGAAUACGAGAUCCAGGUUGCGGCGUACAAUCAUCGAGGAUUGGGCGUCUUCAGCAAAAGUAUCGAUGUGACAACUGCUGAAGGAGUUCCGACACAAGCGCCAAAGAACGUCAUAGCGAAUGUCCUCAACUCUACAGCCGUCGAAGUCACCUUCACGGCUCCGGACCAACAAAGAAUACCUGGCGUCAACCUGGGAUACAAGGUUGAAUUUUGGAAAGGCGUGCCACAGCAUAGCAGCCUCUAUCGGCAAGUGCUAGUGGAUCCAACUUCUCGCGAUCUCAAAGUGGUUGUCGAUGAUUUGGAAAAAUACGGUCACUAUAACCUUACGGUGCUGUGCUAUACUUCACCUGGUGACGGUCCCCGGAAUCAUCCCGUACUAGUCGUGACUGAAGAAGACACACCAGGUCCCGUGAACGGACUGAGCAUAGCUGAG